AUCUGGAUCAAGACAAACUCACAUUCUGCGGUCCGACCAGCAUCAAGAAUCAGGCACUCAGAAAAAAUCUGUUUCAGUUUAUCCUCUUAACCAAAGCACAAUUCAGGGCAAAGGGAAGCCAGGGAACAAUGUGGGAAGCUGGAUGGACGCUAUCGCUUGUGCUGAUUCCCCUCAUUGGCUCAGCUACCUCCUCUCCCUUCUUCAGUCCUGCUCCACCUUUCCCUUCACAGAUAUCCACUCCCUCUCCAUUACCAAUAAACCUCCCAGCCCUGUCUCUCAGCUUCCCGUCCCCCACCUUCACCAGCAGCUCUACAGAGUCGAUGACCAGAGCGGAAUGCAAUCUGAAGAUUUCCCCAUCAAUUCUUGUCGUCAGGUUUGGAGAUCCAGCCAAAGCUAACUGCUCAAAACCAAGCACAGGGUUUCCUAUGCUUGGCUGGGUAGAUACACAGGGAACUCCAGUUCCCACAAUGGAAAGUUUUCUGGUGUGGAGUGUGGACAAGAUGACUGAAUGGACCAUCAACCUUGUAUGUUAUGCAAUCUCUGACCAGGGAGGGGAUUGCAGCACUAAUCUCCCUUUAAUAGUAUACAAGCCACCAAAAAAAGUCUCCAUCCAGUUUUUGAAUCAUACUGGCCCAAUGUUUGAGAGACAUCAGUACAGUCUGCAGUGCACAGUUCAGGACGUUGCACCUGUGGGAAAUCUCAUCGUGACCUUCUACAGGGGACAGACCCCCCUGGGUCAUCUCCGUUCCAACUGGACCACAGAAAAGACCCCAGUGAAUGAGAGCUUCACUCUGAUCAUCACUCCCUUCAAAGAGGACAAUGGAAGCCAAUACUGGUGUGAGGCCAAACUAGAACUAGGACCUGCAGGACCGCAGCAUCCUCCAGUGGAGACGUCGCAAAACCUUACCGUGAUGGUCCUCUGGAAUCCAGAACCUAUUCAUCCAACGAAGCUGCACAUGAAAGAAGAAAAACAUUUAGACAGUGAAUUAAAAACAAACCAGCAGCCAUUAGGAAGUGGAACUACAAACGGCUACAGAGGAUGUUUCUUAUGGUUUGCUCUUCUUGCUCAUUUGAUUAACUGACUGAAACCUGACAGAAAAGAGCCCAAUUCCCGACUCUUUGGUUUGGACUGGUCCUGAUGUGGGAAAUACUGCUAGAAGAUCUAUUGUCUAUCUUCCAUAUCCAAAUAUUUGAAUGGAGAGCUUUUUCCCCUUACGUGUUCAUUAUAAAAGACCACAAACAGCAGGUCAAGUUCCAAUAAAAGCAGAAACUACUCUCUUAGAGAGCCAUUGCUGAGGUACAUGCUGACAGUAUUUGACUAACCUUUGCUACUUUGAAAAUCCUUUUUUUUUUUUUGAGUGCUGCUUUAAUGAAAAUGUUUAGUCCUUACUCCCUAGGCUUUCAGAUCUUAUAUUUUGGUUAAUAUCCAGUGUUUUAUAUUUAUGUUUCAGCCUACAUUUGAUUCAAUGUAAAACAUGCAUUCAGGGUUAACCUUACAUGUUAAUUGACAGCACAUGCCACAUCAUCAUAAAGAAAUGGUUUGAAAAGGUUUGUAAAAUACAGACAUUAAAUGUUCACUGAACAGAAA